UCACUUAGCAGCAAUAGCUCUAUCAACUCCUCUCCAUCCAAUAUGGGAAAGAUCAUCUUCUACGAGGACAAGAACUUUCAGGGUCGCUCUUAUGAGUGCAGCUCCGAUUGUUCUGACCUGUCCUCCUAUUUUAACCGCUGCAACUCCAUCCGAGUAGAGAGUGGAAACUGGAUACUGUAUGAACAGCCCAAUUUCAAAGGAUACCAGUACUAUCUUAGGAGAGGAGAAUACCCUGAUUUUCAACAAUGGCUGGGUUUCAAUGACUCUGUCAGGUCUUGUCAUUUGACAACACAACAUCGUGGUCCUUUUAUAAUCAAGGUUUAUGAGAAAGAAGACUUCAAAGGUCAGAUGAUGGAAUUCACAGAAGAUUGUCAAAAUGUACACGAGAGGUUCCGUUACAAUGACAUCCACUCUUGUAAUGUCCUUGAUGGUCACUGGAUGUUCUAUGAAGAGCAGAAUUACAGAGGGCGUCAGUAUUACCUGAAACCUGGAGAGUACAGAAGGUACACUAAUUGGGGAGCCAUGAACCCAAGAGUUGGAUCCUUCAGGCGUGUUCAGCACCUGUAUUAAAUCAAUCUCAUGCCAUGUAUAGAAUGUUAUCAAUAAACUCUCUAGAACAGCUCAAA